CGGGGCGCUGCAGCCCGCGGAGCCUCCCGCCCGCGCGGGCUGGGGUCGCUCCGGCUCGGACUCCCCUCCUCGCCCGACGCGGCCAUGGAGGACGAGCGGAAGGACGGAGCCUACGGAACACCACAGAAGUAUGACCCUACCUUCAAAGGACCCAUUUACCACAGGGGCUGCACAGACAUCAUUUGCUGUGUGUUCCUCCUCCUGGCCAUUGUGGGCUAUGUGGCCGUAGGCAUCAUAGCCUGGACCCAUGGGGACCCUCGAAAGGUGAUCUACCCCACCGAUAGCCGAGGCGAGUUCUGCGGGCAGAAGGGCACAAAAAACGCGAACAAACCCUACCUGUUUUAUUUCAACAUUGUGAAGUGUGCCAGCCCCCUGGUCCUACUGGAAUUCCAGUGCCCCACCCCCCAGAUCUGCGUGGAGAAAUGCCCCGACCGUUACCUCACCUACCUGAACGCUCACAGAUCCCAGGACUUUGAAUACUACAAGCAGUUCUGCGUGCCUGGCUUCCAGGGCAACAAGGGUGUGGCUGAAGUGCUUCGGGAUGGCGACUGCCCUGCUGUCCUCAUCCCCAGCAAGCCCUUGGCCCGGCGAUGCUUCCCAGCCAUCCACGCCCACAAGGGGGUCCUCAUGGUGGGCAACGAGACAACCUAUGAGGACGGGCACGGCUCUCGAAAAAACAUCACAGAGCUGGUGGAGGGCGCCAAGAAGGCCAAUGGGGUCCUGGAGGCGCGGCAGCUGGCCAUGCGGAUAUUUGAAGAUUACACAGUUUCCUGGUACUGGAUCGUCAUAGGCCUGGUCAUCGCCAUGGUGAUGAGCCUCCUGUUCAUUGUCCUGCUCCGCUUCCUGGCUGGCAUUAUGGUCUGGGUGAUGAUCAUCAUGGUGAUUCUGGUGCUGGGCUACGGAAUAUUUCACUGCUACAUGGAGUACACGCGACUGCGUGGCGAGGCCGGCUCCGACAUCUCCCUGGUGGACCUCGGCUUCCAGACAGACCUCCGCGUGUACCUGCACUUGCGGCAGACCUGGAUGGCCUUCAUGAUCAUUCUGAGCAUCCUUGAGGCUGUUAUCAUCUUACUGCUCAUCUUUCUGCGGAAGAGAAUUCUCAUCGCCAUCGCACUCAUCAAAGAAGCCAGCAGGGCCGUGGGAUACGUGAUGUGCUCUCUGCUCUACCCACUGGUCACCUUCCUCCUGCUGUGUCUUUGCAUCGCCUACUGGGCCAGCACUGCUGUCUUCCUGUCCACUUCCAACGAAGCUGUCUAUAAGAUCUUUGACGACGGCACCUGCCAAGUUGCCGGGAAAACCUGCAACCCUGAGACCUUCGCCUCCUCCAAUGAAUCUCGCCUGUGCCCCGGUGCCCACUGCCAGUUCGCCUUCUAUGGUGGUGAAUCCGGCUACCACCGGGCCCUGCUGGGCCUGCAGAUUUUCAAUGCCUUCAUGUUCUUCUGGCUGGCCAACUUCGUGCUGGCCCUGGGCCAGGUCACGCUGGCUGGGGCCUUCGCCUCCUACUACUGGGCCCUGCACAAGCCAGACGACCUGCCUGCCUUCCCACUCUUCUCUGCCUUCGGCCGGGCGCUCAGGUACCACACAGGCUCCCUGGCCUUUGGCGCCCUCAUUCUGGCCAUUGUGCAGAUCAUCCGAGUGAUGCUCGAAUACUUGGAUCAGCGCCUUAAAGCUGCAGAGAACAGGUUUGCCAAGUUCCUCAUGACCUGUCUCAAAUGCUGCUUCUGGUGCCUGGAGAAGUUCAUCAGAUUCCUCAACAGGAAUGCCUACAUCAUGAUUGCCAUCUACGGCACCAACUUCUGCACCUCGGCCAGGAAUGCCUUCUUCCUGCUCAUGAGAAACAUCAUCAGAGUGGCCGUCUUAGACAAAGUCACCGACUUCCUUUUCCUGUUGGGCAAACUUCUGAUCGUGGGUAGUGUGGGGAUCCUGGCAUUCUUUUUCUUCACCCACCGUAUCAGGAUUGUGCAGGACACAGCGCCGCCCCUCAAUUAUUACUGGGUCCCCAUACUGACGGUGAUCAUCGGCUCCUACCUGAUUGCCCAUGGCUUCUUCAGUGUCUACGGCAUGUGUGUGGACACGUUGUUCCUCUGCUUCUGUGAGGACCUGGAAAGAAAUGACGGCUCUCAGGAGCGACCCUACUUCAUGUCGCCCGAGCUGAGAGACAUCCUGUUGAAGGGGAGUGCGGAGGAGGGGAAGCGGGCAGAAGUCGAGGAGUAGAGAGGGAGGGAGGCGUGGGGGCCACACAGGCCUCCUCCUUUCCUCCCCGUAGACUGGGGGUGCAUGCGGGACUUCCCCUGCCUGGGAGCGUGGGGAGCGUGUGUGUGUCCCGUUCCCGAGCCUUCCACGGCUCGCCCCUCUCCUGUCCCGGCGUGUCUUGCUUCCUAACCCUCUGAGGCUUCUCUGUGGCCCUCGUCCCGUCCCCCCCACCCCACCCCCGUCCCCGGAGGCCCCUGCCCGGGGGCUCCCCUCAUGCCACGGUCUCUGGGGCCUCUCUCCGCAGUGGAGGACCUGGAGAGGAAUGAUGGCUCAGCCGAGAGGCCUUACUUCAUGUCUCCCAACCUCAAGAGGCUCUUGAACAAGACCAACAAGAAGCUGGCGGAGUCCUAAAGGCCCCGCUCCCCCACGCCCCACACACCUCUCCAGAAAUCUCACACCGGGUGCUCGGCAGCUGGGCCAGAACCCUUGGCCCGCUGGGCUCACGUGAAGUCCUGUCACUGCCGCCCCCCCCGCCCCGCCCCCACCUGUCCGGUCAUCACUGGACCCCAGGGACCUGAAGGAUUCGGGGCAUCUCCUCCCCUGUGCCGAGGGGCCUUCGGAGUUUUCCUGGCGGCGCCCCGAGACGGCACGAGUCACGCCAGCUCUCGCUGGCCUGGACGGGGAGAAGUCCGUCGAGGCCUCUGACGUCCGACCUGCAGUGGGGCCCGACCUCUGUGGGCCGCCGCCCGCUUCCUGUCGCUGCCUUCCAACGGGGCAGUGUCUGCGUCUGCGAGAGUGGUGGCCGAAGCGGGCUGCGGUUCCUCAGGCCCCCGUUCUCUCGUGUCUGCUCCGGCCAGGACCAAGCCCCUUCUCCAUGGCUGAACGGCUGACUCACAGGCUGCCACAUGCGUUUCUUUCUUUCUUUUUUUUUUUUUUUAACCUGGACGUGCAUUAAAGGGUCUGUUAGCUUUUUCCUGUCUGUCUCAACGGCUGAGCCGGGGCCAGCUGAGGAGUGCCUUCUGUUGUCCCCUCCCCGCCGAACGUGGCUGGGGUGGGAGUGGGGUGGCCAGGUGGGGGUGUCUCCUGGCAUGGGAGGCCACAGCAGGGCUGUCACGGAAGGAGAGGGAGCUAGUCUGUUGGGGGAGGGCAGCUGGGAGCAGACCCGGUGCAGGAGGGAGGAGGCCGCUAAUGGCUGUUUAAUGGGAACCUGCUGGCUGGCUGGAGGAGUUGGGCCCGAUUUCCCCCCUUCUGCUGCCAGUUACUGACACAGCUCUCUUUGUAAGAGAGAAAGAACCUGAAUCCCCCAAGGGGCGAUUUCAGGGGAAGGGGUGGGUGGGGGCAGAUGCCGUGAGCAAACCGGGCCGCCUCUGCCCAGUCACCUCGCCUCGAGGAUUCUUUUGCCAAAUUUGUGGAACUCCAUGGACCUGGUCUCCUGGUUCCCCCUUCGCCACGUCCCAGGCCCCUGACUUCAUCAGCACCGUGCUAGGGUCCGGAAGAGGGAGAAACCCAGGCCUGGGGUCCCAGUCUCUUGUGUCUGCCCGCCAUCCCUCAGGCCCCCUCGUUCUGUCUGCACACUCUUGCGUGUUAACUGCAUUCCAACCACUAAUAAAGUGCCUAUUGUACAGAG